CUGUUUCAGGGCAAUGCUGCCGGUGUGACGUAUAAUCUAAUGGACGGGACGCUUCUUCAAACAACAACAGCGAGUUAUUCACCUCCGUAGCUUUCGAGCACCUCGGUAUCUUACUAGACAACAUAGACGAUAAAAUUGCAGAUCUUUAAAUGCUUUCGUUGUAAAUUAGCCACUGUGUUUUAAACACACUUGUCGUAUCUAUUAGCUAGUUACACCAUUGAAUGUAAUAUUUACGUUGUUGUUAGCUAGCUAGCUAGCUGGGUAAAUUAGAAGUAGUUCUAGUCUUGUCACUAACUAACUAACUAGCUAGCUGUCUAGCUAACAUCCCAACCAUGAGCUCACCAAACGACUCCCCACCUUCUGAAGAGGGGGUCUGCUGGACGGAGAAAGAAGCUCUGGGGCUGAACAUUGUCGUGAAAGAGGAGAAGGAAGAAGAGGAUGUCACAGUAAAAACAGAGGUUGAGGCUGUUACAGUGAAAGAAGAAGAGAAAGAGGUUAAAUUGACACAAGAUGAAGACGCGUUCAGAGUGAAAGAGGAGGAGGAUGUCACAGUAAAAGAAGAGGAGGAGGAUGCCGUUUUUGGAUUGGGGGAGGUGACUGUCACAUUGGAAGAAGAGGAGAAAGGAGAUCUGAUUAACAACAGAGAGAGACCAGACUCUCGCUCUGAGAGACGAAAGAAGAGUCCUUCAGGUGAACCAGACCCAGAGACGCCCAAACCAGUGAGACGACACCACUGCUCCCAGUGUAAUUUGAGUUUUAAGUGGUUAUGGAAGCUGAAACAGCAUGAGAGGACACACACAGGAGAGAAGCCACACCACUGCUCCCAGUGUGGAAAGAGUUUUACCCUGUUAGGGAACCUGAAAAAGCAUAAAGGAAUACACACAGGAGAAAAGCCUUUCCAAUGUUCCCAGUGUGGAAAGAGAUUUUCACGAUCACAGCACCUAAAAUCACAUGAGAGGACACACACAGGGGAGAAGCCACACCACUGCUCCCAGUGUGGAAAGAGUUUUACCCAGUUGGGGAGCCUGAAAAAGCAUAAAGGAAUACACACAGGAGAAAAACCUUUCCAAUGUUCCCAGUGUGGAAAGAAAUUUUCAGGAUUGCAUCACCUAAAAUCACACGAGAGGACACACACAGGGGAGAAGCCACACCAUUGUGCCCUGUGUGGAAAGGAUUUUACCCAGUUAGGGAACCUAAAAAAACAUCAGAUGAAACACACAGGAGAAAAGCCUUUCCAAUGUUCCCAGUGUGGGAAAAGAUUUUCACGGUCACAGGAACUAAAAUCACAUGAGAUGACACACACUGGGGAGAAACCACACCACUGCUCCCAGUGUGGGAAAAGUUUUACCCAGUUAGGGACCCUGAACAAACAUAAGAGAAUACACUCAGGAGAAAAGCCUUACCACUGCUCCCAGUGUGGAAAGAGUUUUACCCAGUUAGGGAACCUGAACAACCAUAAUGUAAUACACACAGAAGAAAAGCCGUUCCAAUGUUCCCACUGUGGAAAGAGAUUUUCACGAUCACAGGACCUAAAAUCACACGAAAGGACACACACGGGGGAGAAGCCACACCACUGCACCCAUUGUGGAAUGCGUUUUACCCAGUUAGGAAGCCUGAACAAACAUAAGAAGAGAAUACACUCUGGAGAGAAAUCUUAACAUACUUUCCUGGACAGAGGACCUGAAAUCACAUGACAGAAUAGAGAGGCUGUGUACUGACGUAUGUUUUUUUUAUUUUUAUUAAAUGUUAAUAUGAAAAAUAUGAUUUUGGAUAUUUUAAAAUUACAAUUAUUAAAUAGAUUAGUAGAAUGUGCAUUUCUUGAUUUUUAACCUAGAAAUGUUAUGAAUUUAGUAAGAAGCAUUUUAUCAAAGCAACAUAUCUUUUAAUAUAAAUCUCAAUAUCUAGUGAACGUUCAUUAUAUACAUCUACAUGAUGUAUUGUUACACCAUGUAGGAGCAGUAUAGACCUAGUCUGUUCAUUAUAUACAUCUGUGUAUUGUUACUUGUAGGAGCAGUAUAGGCCUAGAUGCUUAUUUUGAAAUAUUGUGAUAUUUUCUGUUUAUUUGACUGAAUUAAUCAGAAAUUGCCUAAAUACAGAUGUGUAGUAGAUGUAAAGUUUGUUUUCAAUUGUCACUCAUAAAAAUAUUUCACUAAUCAAUCAA